CGCCCCCCGCGCCCAGGCCCACCGCCGCAGCCAGCGCCCGCCCGGGAGCUCCUGCCCGGCGGCGCGGCCCGGGAGCCGAGCGCAGCGCCGCAGCGGCCGCGCGGGCGGGCGGGCGAGGCGCCGCGAAGAUGGUCGCCAAGCAGCGGAUCCGGAUGGCCAACGAGAAGCACAGCAAGAACAUCACGCAGCGCGGCAACGUCGCCAAGACCUCGAGAAAUGCUCCCGAAGAGAAGGCGUCCGUGGGACCCUGGCUGCUGGCUCUCUUUAUUUUCGUCGUUUGUGGUUCUGCAAUUUUCCAGAUUAUUCAAAGUAUCAGGAUGGGCAUGUGAAGUGGCUGACCUUGAGAUGUUUCCAUUCUCCUGUGAAUUUUAACUUGAACUCAUUCCCAAUGUUUGAUACCCUGGUUAAAAACAAUUCAGUAAAGCAUCCUGCCUCAGAAUGACUUUUCAUACCAUCCUUCGUGUGUCAUUCCAAGGUUUCUUCACGAGUCAUUCCAAUUUUCUAGUCCAUACCACAGUGCCUUGCAAAAGCACCACAUGAAUAAAGCAAUAAAAUUUGAUUGUUAAGCUACAGUAGUGGACCCUACUUAUUCAGUCAGUAAAGAGUAAGUUUUUUUUUAAUGUGGCUAUUGAAACAGUAUACCGUAUAGAUAAUUAGAUUAAAUCUGUGUAGACAGGGUCUAGAUUUUGUUAAUCCUGAUGUGUAAAUGCAAUUAGCUUAAUUUAAAAUUCGGAAUCUCAUGGUUUUCAUAUAGCUAGGCACUUUAUUACUGUUUCUUGAAUUGAAAGCACACUCCCAUACAGGGUCUUCUAACUGUCCUGUAAUAAAGUGCUGAUAAACGGAACAACUAGGCAGUCUAGUUUUCCCACAAUCUUUAGCACCUAAAAAAUUUUAAAAGCUUGUAAAUGCCUAAUAUAAAGGCAGAUGCUAACAACCACAAUGUCUGUGUUAACAAUAUUAUUUCUAUGACACGACCUUGGAUUUUGCAUGAGGGAACAUGCUAACCUAAGUUGCCGUAAGAAAACGUGGGUUAGCGUUUUGCAACUUCUUCAGUCACUUCAGUCUCACUGCAAGCUGCCGUGGUGGGGGAGAGUCAGAGAAGGUUUGCUUGUGUCACCAUCGAUGGCACCGGAAUUACUUUAAUGUAUCAAAGCGGGGUCUACUAUGCUAGACAACGUUUUAAGGGAAAAUACUACUAAAAAUGGAUGCCUCGUCAGGACAUACUGUUGAGUCCAGUGUGCCGUAAGAUGUUAGCAUGUUAACAGCACUUUCAAUACCAAAAAGGGCACAUCAACUAAAAAGUUAGACUUAGUUUGGGAAUGCUUUUUCUAGAUUUAUGAUUAGAAUUCUGUUAGGGUAUUAGGUAGACUAAAGUGUCAUCUGCAAUUAAAUGGAUUUACUGACAAGGAUCAGUCUUUAGUCUUCCCUUUGUUUGACUUUAUAGGUUAUGAUUGAUCAAACUUUCUUUUUACUAACGGUAAGGGUGAGUGAUAAGGCAGGUUUUGGGUUUCUUGGUACUAUUGAAAAUUGCAAGCAUUGGCUAUUUAAAUACUUACCCAUAACUUGAUGAAAAAAGCCUGAGAAGUGUCUAUGUAUUAAUGAAUCGGAAAGAAAGCUGCUCGUUUGCUUUAAUUGCCUCAGGAUAUCUCUUUUAAAAUAAGCUGUUUUAAGAGGACCUGAAGGGAAAUGUGCUACCUAGUCUACACACGGUGUGAGUCUCAGAGAGCGCCUCUGAUCCCCCGAGUGUGGGGGGAGCGAGGGAGAGGAGUUGGUAAGGAUGUGUAGGAACUUGAGUACUCUGGAAUAGAAAAGGAAUCGGCCAACCUUGCGCCAGCAGGUUUUCAUCUACAUUGUUACCUGCCUUUCUCACCCAGGAAAUCAACCCCUGUACUUGUUUCCCUCUUUGAAACAAGUGUCCUGGUUAACAUUCUGUUUCAUUGUAACUUUAAAAAUGAAAGUUACUCUAAAUUCAUAGCAGGUGCCUUAUUCUUUGCUUUGAGUCAGACCAUUCCAUAGCAGAAUUUCCCUUGGUGUACUAUAAUUGGCUUUAAGAUGUUGGUUUUUUUGUUUUUGUCUUAAUGCACAGUGUAUUAAUUUGACUGUUAAAUUGCUAUAGCUAGCAAUCGUUCUACAUAUGUGAAGUUGCAUUCCCUUUGUAUUUCAUGUGUACUUUACCGAUUGAGUACAUUUUAUACUAAGGAUGGAUUAUGCAUGUUUGGAACAAUGAAAGCUAUGUCUUAUUUGAUUUAUCCUUUAAAAAUAAAGUUCCCUGAAUAUUU